CUCAGGUUCAAAAUGAACGAAGGACCCGAGACCAACUUGACUCGACUCUACGACAACUGGACAUUUUACAACAGCUCGGUGGAGUCGGUGGUCCGCAGGAACAACAUCACCUACGUUGGAUUUUACCUGCACCAGCCGUCCAUCGCUGCCAUCUUCAUCGUGUCCUACCUGCUCAUCUUCCUCGUGUGCAUGGUGGGGAACGGAGUGGUGUGCUUCAUCGUGCUGAGGAGCAGGAACAUGCGGACUGUCACCAACUUGUUCAUUCUGAACCUGGCUGUGAGUGACCUGCUGGUGGGGAUCUUCUGCAUGCCCACCACUCUCCUGGACAACAUCAUUACAGGAUGGCCGUUCGGAAGCCUGGUCUGCAAGAUGAGUGGCAUGGUGCAGGGGAUCUCCGUGUCAGCGUCUGUCUUCACCCUGGUGGCCAUCGCUGUGGACAGGUUCAGAUGCAUCGUCUACCCGUUCAAGCAGAAGCUCACCAUCCCCACGGCCACCUUGAUCAUCGUGGUCAUCUGGGUUCUGGCCGUGUCCAUCAUGUGUCCGAGUGGCGUGAUGCUCCAGGUGACCAGGGAGCAAACCAUCCGGGUGCUGCUGGGCUACGACAACAAGACCAGUCCCUUCUACUGGUGCCGAGAGAACUGGCCCAACCAGGAGAUGAGGAAGAUCUACACCACCGUCCUGUUUGCAAACAUCUACCUGGCUCCUCUCUCGCUCAUCGUGAUCAUGUACGCCCGGAUCGGCAUCACGCUCUUCAAAUCGGCGGUGACCUCGGAGGGGAAGCCGGGUCACAACAACCGCCACACCGUGUCCAAGAAGAAGCAGCGGGUGAUCAAAAUGCUUCUGAUCGUGGCGUUGCUCUUCAUCCUCUCCUGGCUGCCGCUGUGGACCCUCAUGAUGCUCAGCGACUACGCCAGCCUGACCGAGCAGCAGUACAGGAUCAUCAACAUUUACGUUUACCCCUUCGCCCACUGGCUGGCCUUCUUCAACAGCAGCGUCAACCCCAUCAUCUACGGCUUCUUCAACGAGAACUUCCGCAGCGGGUUCCGAGCCGUGUUCAAGUUCAGCCUGUGCGCGGCGGACGGCCAGCUGAGGAAGACCUACUCGCACCGGCUGCAGGGGAACUCCGUGCUGCCGGCCAACCACGCACAGUCCUCCCUGGAGCCCAUCUCCCUCAACAGCCUGGACAAGAGCACGUCCAGGCGGCUCAACCACAUCAACGAGCAGGACCUGGUCAUGGAGGAUCUGGAGAAGGCGUCUUGCAGCAGCGGGGGGGUGACUGCUGUGUCCAUUUGA